GGGGCGCCGCCAGACCGCAUCCAACAGGUGAAGCCCUUAAAGGGGCCGCGGCCAGGCACCGGGCACGCCUCUCCGCCGGGGCACCAGGGGCGGCACAGGCAGCGUGGGGCUCUCGUCGCCCGCGGGGCCCGGCUGUUCUUGCUGAGACACGCCGCUUCGGGAGGCCUUCCGUGCGGAUCAGCGCGGCCGGGGGUGCCUGCGUGCACCCCUUCGCCGGCCACCGGCGCUGCCGCCGCCUCCCGCAGCGCGGGGGCUGCCUGGCCGGGACUGGCCGCGCUCCCGGCGCCGGCGCUUCUGGAGCCGCCGCCCGCCCGCGGGGCCAUGAGGCGGCCGCGCAGCGCGGUGGGGGCCCGCGGGGCUGCAGCAUGAGCGGGUCCUGCCUGGGGCUCCGCAAGGCCUGCUUCCUGCUGUCCGUCAGCGCCGCCGCCCUCCUCCUCCUCCUGCUGCCGCGGGGGCAGCCCCCUGCCGCGCCCCGCCGUCGCCCAUCGCCCGCCGCAGGGCCUAGUGGCCCACCGCAGCAGCGGGCGGGCCCCGGGGGGAGCGGCGUGCACGGCACACGGACGAGCUCUCGCGGGGAGCCGAGCGGCGGGCCGGGGGCCGCGGCGGGCGGCCGUGGCGGCGGCCUCGCUGGCAGCCUGCAGCCUGCGCUGAAGGGCCGCGUCGGGCCAGCCGGAGCCUCGGCCAGGGAGAGUCUGGAGCUGAAGGACAUCUUCAUUGCGGUGAAGACCACAAGGAAGUACCACAAGAGCCGGCUGGACUUGCUUCUCCAAACCUGGAUUUCCCAGGCGAGGGGACAGACGUUUAUAUUCACAGACUGGGAGGAUCGGGAGCUGCGCCUGAAAGCAGGGGAUCACAUGAUCAACACCAACUGUUCUGCUGUCCAUACCCGGCAAGCUCUCUGCUGCAAGAUGUCUGUGGAAUAUGAUAAAUUCCUGGAAUCUGGGCAAAAAUGGUUUUGCCAUGUGGAUGAUGACAACUAUGUAAACCCUCGGACUCUCCUGCGUCUCUUGUCUGCCUUCUCACACAGCCAGGAUGUCUAUGUGGGGCGACCAAGCCUAGACCAUCCCAUUGAAGCAGCUGACCAUGUCCAAAGUGAUGGAUCAAAGACAACCGUGAAAUUCUGGUUUGCCACAGGUGGAGCAGGCUUCUGUAUCAGCAGAGGUCUUGCCCUGAAGAUGAGUCCCUGGGCCAGCCUGGGUAAUUUCAUCAGCACUGCAGAAAGAGUGCGUCUUCCUGACGACUGCACCAUUGGCUACAUCAUCGAGGGGCUGCUGGAGGUAAAGCUCCUGCACAGUCCCUUGUUCCAUUCCCACCUGGAAAACCUGCAGAGACUACAAGGCGAGUCUGUGCUGCAGCAGGUGACUCUAAGUUAUGGGGACCCUGAGAACAAGCACAAUGUUGUGAGUGUGGGAGGAGUGUUUGGCCUUCAGCAAGAUCCAACACGAUUUAAAUCUGUCCAUUGCCUACUCUAUCCUGAUACUAUUUGGUGCCCUGCUAAGAAGAGUCGUAAUUCCUGACCAAAUGCUGAUACCUGUAUCUUCCCUAGUUUGUGUAAGACAGGAAAUAUGGUCAACUCCCGACGUAUUUCUUCCUUUUACUGGGGGACAGCCAGAGGUAUCUACAAAGAAGGUAGAUGGACUCUGUUUGCAAAAGCAAGAAGCUGUGGUUUGUUCAGCUGCAGCUUGGGACAUUCCAAGAAGAAUCCUUGUUCUCCUGUGCAGUGGUUCUUCAUAAAAUGACCAGAGUCAUGUGUAGAAGUCACUUUACACUUUGGUCUUAUGUCAGGUGAAUCAGUGCUUGGACACAACCUAGGCAAAGGCAGUACUUGGAAUGAUAGCAUUCUUACUACUGUUAGGGGCUUGUAGAGGCCACUGUCCUGAAGCUGGAGUGCUAUAGCAGACUGUAGUCCCCAUGGUGACAAGAGAGGGGAAGCUUUCAUGCAUCUUUCUUGAGAACAGAAUGAUUUAAGAGCUUCUGUGGCCUGCCACAUUAAAACGGCACCUGUGGGCCGGAACAGGGUCUGUUUGUAAACCCCUUGAAGCCUUGGAAUCACUAGGGUAAAGAAGGCUAAAAGCCUUUGUCAUGGGAAGACCCUGUGGAAGGGUAAAGCUUACUGAGGACUGGAUAAGAGUUGCUUGCAGUGCACAUUCUCUCCUGUAGUUCAUAUGUACCUCCCAUGGAGGUGAUUGUCAGACUUGGCUCCCUUUCCAGAUGAAUUGCAGUGGUUGUUGAUUACGGUGAUGGUCUGCCAGGUCCAAGACUAUUCCCUUGAUAUUUGAUACUGAAGAAAUAUUUGCCAGGCUAGAUGGUAACCACAUCUCCUGCUUUGCCCACAGCAGGUUGUAUGAGCUAGAGCAUGCUUGCUGGUUGAUGAAACAUGCCCUGUUUCUGGAUCUUUUGCUGUCUGUGAGGGAGGAGGAAGGAAUGCUAGAUAGCUGUAAUGCCCUGAGGAAGCUUUUGAUGGUAUUGUUUGAAGACCUUUAAUUGUAUGACACUGGUUACUCCAGCUUCUUCAUAUAAUCUUCUGAUUCCUUUACAGUCUAGGUCAUUGUUGUUUUUUCUUCUUGAUGUUUCAAUAAACAGUUCUUACAGUCCCUAAAAGGAGAGACUACACAUUCAUGUAAAGGAAGAAGUUCAGUGUUGUAGGACUAUCACCUGCUGCUGCCUUUCAAAUAAUCUUAGUUGUGAAAGUGGAAGAAAUGAGGCUCCACAGGUUUACUUUUCUGUCAGCCCAAACUUUGGCCAUGUGCAAUCCCUACCCAACAUGAAGAACAGUGUAAAAAACACCUUUGCAGAACCACUCUUUACUUUCCCACACUCUUCAGAAGACACAAGCUGGUUUAGUGCAGGAGCCUGAGGUUGAAUUAUGGGGAGCACAAUAGAAGGAUAUUGCAGAACCUGGAACUAUGAUUAAGGGCUAGAAUGUGGACAUGGCAAAAGCUUCAGGUUUCUGAACACCUGUGCUGGGCUGUGCUGUGGACUUGAGUUAGCUUCUUACCUUCCUGCCAUUUGCAAAGUGGUGUGAUGUGGACCUGCAGUGUAUUCAAGUAGGAAACUCAGCAGGUGUCAGCCUCCUGAAAUACUGUUCCUUGUGCUCUUUUCUUAGCACAAACCUUUCAGCAUUUCACCUGGGUCCUCUGUCCUCUCUGCAUGGUUUUAAUGAGUUUGUUUGCUGCUCAGUGGAAUUGACUGCUACUUGCUACAGUCCUGCAGUUCAUUCUUCAAUUUCUCCAUGUCUAUUAAGGGGACAAUGAAGUAUGGGAAUAAGAUGCUGCAGGAAACUGGAUCAAAAUCCAGCUAGCACUGUGGCUGUUCUAUGGCAGGUACACCUGUAACACUGACAGCCUGUUGCAGAAAAUGGAGAAGGACUUACAGAAUAGUAGGUCAUGGUAUGUUCUACCUCUCUAUUAAGUCUUCUGCUCACUAGAAUUGAAGCAUUCUGUGGUUUACUAAUUUGUCAUUAAUAGCUCUGGAGAUUUCUGGUACCUAACUAGCUACUUUUCAAAAACACUUGUUAAGGUCUUGUUUUCAACCUCCUAUUGCCAAUAAGCUUUAAAACUUCAGGAGUGAUGAAGCUUUGACUUCAAACACUGACUCUGGACUCUUGUUGGAGCUUCUCUUCCUCAUCCACUGAUAGCAGCCUCUUGUAAGAUAUCACAGACAGCAUUGGUAGUGAUUAUGUGGCAAACUGCAAUUCUAGAGUGACACCACUUCAUAUGGAUAGCAGCAAAACUGAGUGGCAGAAGUUUCACGCUAGUCACUGGUCACCCUAAACAAGAUGUGCCAAAGAGGCAGUGUAUGGUGAGCUGGUAGGGUGUUCAUUGAAGUGAAGGUCCACAUCCUCCUGUGUGGCAAUAUGGAACUGUUCAGUGUGUGUAAGCUUCUCUUAAGAGUUUCUGGUGCUGAUGAUACAACAGGCUCUGUGGGUAUAUUGGGAUACAGCUUUGUAAUCAAACUACUGUCUUCUAUGUAAAGUGAUUCUACAAAAUAAAUAUUUAAAUAUGUCAAAA